UUUUUUCGUUUCUUCUCAAAAAUUUUCGUCUUUUCUCUCAGGCCAUGAUCUUAGAUGGUUUCUACUUGCAGAAAGAAGUUUUUGUGGUUGUUUGGAUUGACUUCUUUCAUCCAAAGGUGUUUGGUUUUCAUUUAUUAUUAUUAUGGGGAUGCUGAAUAAUUUGGUUAAAAUUUGAAGAAAUUCGCCAACUUAUGAUCUUUGAUGCAGUAGGGGAAGUUUUAGAUUGGCACUGAAAGAUGCAGAUAAGGUGUUCGAUGAUAUAUAUGCUGGAGUAGUGGAAACAAAGCAGAUGCGGGGUGGAUAUAGCGUUUGAUCCAAAGUUUGAGAUCCAUGCAUAUUCAUUAGAACAUCAAGUUUAAUAGACUAAUUGACGAGGUGUGAUCCUAAAAUAAAUUUGUUCUGUAAGGAUUCACGUCUGUUAACCUGAUACUAACAACUAGGGUAAUCCCUUUCCCUCGUUGACUUGUUCAUGAUUAUGUGGACAUUUAUUUGCUAAAGGAAUGUUGAUAUCUUUAGCCAGAUCCUUUUGGAUUCCGUAAGCCAGCUCAUUUAUGGUUCAAUUCCUGCGAACACGGAUCAAAGCUUAACGGAUAAAGCCCGACCCGACCCGUUAUCAAACCCAAAACAACUACUUUUCUUUGACCAUUCAAGCAAUAGCGUUUCUAACUACUAAGACCGGGUGGACGCGGGUUGAAAAGAAGCAGACAGCGACCCCACGUGAUGAAAGUUGGUGAUCAUUAAACUUAAAACGUGUUGUUUUGUGUUAACGCCACGCUUGACCAAUUCCAAAAUCUAACCCCCAAUUCUCCACAUUGACCACGUGCUUCAAAAACAAGCGGGCAGUCCCACUGUCCAAAAUCUAGUCCUUUUGUCCUAAAUUAUAUAUUAGCAAAGGCAUCAGAAUCCUAAUAAUCAUAAACCGAUCGCUACCAAAAAUGGACCUCUUCUCUCCUUCCUCCUCCCCUCCUCAACAAGAGCUGUGCCCGUGGGACUUCUCACCGGAGCUCUUGGAUUUCAUCGGUGCCAGCUCCGGCGUUCUUUCUCCUCUGUCAGGGUACUCCGGCAUUCUUUCUCCUCUGUCAGAGCAACCGUCUGCUGUGCCUCGUAGCGCAUUUGUGAGCUACACCAGACCGGAGUUUCAUGAUUCGUCAGACUUCUUGAGCUCACAGGCAAAUAAGAAAAAGAACAUUCAUCUUAGAAUGAUUGAUCUCUUACGAAGAAUUCCAAGAGAUCGACUGGAAGCUAGGACUGGUGAGUAUAGCCCAGGGUUUCGACAUAUGAUGAGAGAGAGGCAGAGGAGAGAGAGGUUGAGCCAGAGCUAUGCUGAUUUGCAUUCCAUGCUUCCCUAUAGAUCAAAGGGUGAUAAGAACUCGAUAGUACAGUCGGCAGCUCUUUAUGUUAAAGAGCUCAAAGGAGUGAAGGAGGAGCUAUUAAAGCGCAAUGAGGAGCUCAGGAUCAAAAGUGUGGAAAAUUCAAGUUUAGGAGGGGAAAAGAUCAAGAUUAGACUGGAUCCAGCGUCUACCCUUGAUUCCAUGAUUGGUGCUCUUCAAUGCUUGAAGUCCAUGGAUGCUAAGGCUAGAGCUAUUCAAACCGAGUUUUCUGGCAAUGAGUUGAUGGCCAUCAUCAACAUUGAGAGCAAGGUUGGGGCAAAUGAGCUGGAAAGAGCUUUGAUGGAAACUUGCCGAUAGAAAAAAAGUUAAUUACAUAUUUCUGUUUCCCGGAAGCAGCUAAUUUGGCACGUGGAUAAUGCUUAAUUUUGGGUCCUAAUCAAGUGAUUAAUUUUAUUUUCCAACUAGCAUGUUCUCAAUUUUCCCUCUCUUUUUUCCCCUCUUCCUGACAAGGGUUGUUGAAUGCUGACUUAUCAUGGGCCCCUCAUCUUUUCUUUCUUAUUUUUUAGCCAAGGGAAAAAAUAAGGAUAAUCAAAUGCUGACGUUAUGAUUUGGUGGCUCCUAUUGUCAUCUCAAAUGUGUACUUGAAAUUUACUUUUCCUUGUAUCAAUUCGAAGCUUAUGAAAACUAUGGCAGGUUGCAACUUCA